AUGGCAUUAGCGGAUCUUGCAGUUAGUAUCUACCAGCAGUUCACUGCUCUUAGUUUGGUGCAGCAAAUUCUUCUUGUUAUUGGAACUCCGUUCGUAUAUAACAUCGUAUGGCAACUCUACUACUCAACCAGGAAAGACAGAGUUCCUUUGGUUUGGAAUUGGGUGCCUUGGUUAGGUUCUGCAGUCCCAUAUGGUAUGCAACCAUACGAAUUCUUUGAAAGCUGCCGUAGUAAGUACGGCGAUGUCUUUGCCUUUGUCCUUUUGGGUAAGGUUAUGACUGUUUACUUGGGCCCCAAGGGACAUGAGUUUGUUCUCAACUCCAAGUUGGCUGAGGUCUCUGCUGAGGAAGCAUACAAGCACUUGACCACCCCUGUUUUCGGUAAGGGGGUCAUCUACGACUGCCCUAACGUCCGUCUUAUGGAACAGAAGAAAUUCGCCAAGUACGCCUUGACCAAGGAGUCGUUCAUUAACUAUGUCCCCAAGAUCAGAGCCGAAAUUUUGGACUACUUCAAGACCUCGGAAGAGUUUGAUAUGGCCAACAGGGAAUCUGGAGUAGCCAACGUUAUGAAAACUCAACCGGAAAUCACCAUUUUCACUGCUUCUCGUUCUCUUAUGGGAGAUCAGAUGAGAAAGCUCUUUGAUGCUUCAUUUGCCCAGUUGUAUUCUGAUUUGGACAAGGGUUUUACUCCAAUUAACUUUGUCUUCCCCAACUUACCAUUGCCUCAAUACUACAAGCGUGAUGCUGCCCAACAGAAGAUCUCUUCUACCUACAUGAAAUUAAUUAACCAAAGAAGAGAGACCGGUGACAUUGAUCCUAAGAGAGAUCUCAUCGACUCUCUUAUGGCCCAUUCUACCUACAAAGAUGGUGUUAAGAUGACAGAUCAAGAAAUCGCCAAUUUACUUAUUGGUGUCUUGAUGGGUGGUCAACACACCUCCGCCGCAACCUCAGCGUGGUUCUUGUUACAUUUGGCCGAAAAGCCAGACUUACAAGAAGAACUCUACACCGAAGUCAUGUCUGUCUUAGGACCAAAGGGUGGAAAGUUGGAAGAUUUAUCUUACGAAGAUUUGCAAAAGAUGCCUUUGGUUACCAAUACCAUCAAAGAAACAUUAAGAAUGCACAUGCCAUUACACUCUAUUUUCAGAAAGGUCAUGAAGCCAUUGGUCGUUCCAAACACUAAAUAUGUAGUCCCAGUGGGCCACCACGUCUUGGUCAGUCCAGGUUAUGCACAAACCAACGAAAGAUACUUCCCAGAUCCUUUUAGAUUCGAUCCUCACAGAUGGGACACUGAGGGCGCUGCUGGAGGCGAUGACGCCACGGUUGAUUACGGUUUUGGUGCAGUCUCCAAGGGUGUUUCAUCUCCAUAUUUACCAUUUGGUGGUGGUAGACACCGUUGUAUUGGAGAACAAUUUGCUUAUGUUCAAUUGGGAACGAUUUUGGCCACCUAUGUGUACAAUUUGUCUUGGUCAUUCAAGGCCGGCGAGAAAGUGCCAGAUGUUGACUACCAAAGUAUGGUUACCUUACCAUUGGAGCCAGCUGAAAUAUCAUGGGUGAAAAGAGAAACAUGCGUUUUGUAA